UCAAUGGCAUGUGUGACGUAUCCACUGUGUGUAAGGUGAUUCAUCCUACGUUUAGAAACUUAUGUCGGUUUUGGGUGUCUUUUAUUUUCAGAGUUACACCGUGUGUUAAGCUGGAUACUUAGUUAUUACUUCUUUCAUUUAUGAUGAAUGAUGGGGGGCCCUGAUGAUGUAGCACUCCAUUUUUCAGAUGAUGUGAAUCAUAUUCCCAAAAAGCAUCCUGUAGCAGUAUUAUUCCACUUAACAUUCCGAGCACUGGCUAUUUUGGUUUAUUUGAUGUGUGGAUGGUUCAGCAACAGUUUCAUAUCAUGUUUUGUUACAAUUCUUAUUUUUCUGUCUCUUGAUUUUUGGACUGUAAAAAAUGUAACUGGAAGGCUUCUAGUUGGCUUGCGGUGGUGGAAUUAUGUAGAUGAUGAAGGCAAAAGUCAUUGGGUAUUUGAAUCAAGAAAGGGAGAAGAUGCAGCUGUUACAGAUUCAGCCGAAGCACAGGUGUUUUGGUUAGCUCUUGUCCUUACACCUGUAGUAUGGUUUCUUUUAUUGUUUAUUAGCUUUUUUAGGCUAAAUGUGAAAUGGUUUGUUGUAGUUCUAAUUGCUCUUGUUCUUAAUGGUGCCAACUUGUAUGGUUAUUUACGUUGUAAAGUUGGUGGGUCAGAAAAUUUUACAUCUGCAGUAUCGAAUAUGAUGGGUCGCCAAGUGAUAAGUAAUAUGUUCAGUUCUUUGUGGAAGAAACCUGAGCAGGCACCUCCACCAAACAGAGGAUUUACAAAUACUGUUUAAUGCUUUUUGUAUGUAUGUAAGCACAUCUAAUUUGUUGCACAUUGUCUUUUCAUCAUGUAUGCCAUUAAAUGUAUUCCAAUAUUGAUUUCUUUCUUUCAUAACAAAAUAAAUAUUUUACAAUAAUUA